AUGAACCAGCAACCGCCAGAGCAGCAACUGCAUCAACAGCAGCCGAUUCCGAUGGACGCACUAAUUCUGCAAGUCCUCCAGCAGCUGCAGCAACAGUCGCUCGUAACUAACCAACUUCUCAAUAACCAUCGUGAGACACAGGAGCAGCAGAAGCUUUUCUUGCAGCAGCAAGGUGAUGCGCUCCGGAAUCUUCAAGUUCAAGUGCCGGUAGGAGCAGAAACGAUCCUGGAUUCGCUCGCCGGGAACAUAAAAGAAUUCCGGUAUGAUGUCGAGGGCGGCGGCACGUUUGCUGCUUGGUUCGCUCGAUAUGACGAUCUCUUUGCUCGUGACGCUGCGAGGUUAGAUGAUGCUGCGAAGGUCCGGCUGUUAAUGCGGAAGUUGGGAACCACUGAGCAUGAACGGUUCAUCAGCUUCAUCAUGCCGAAAGCACCCAAGGAUUUCACGUUCGAUGAGGCGGUAUCCAAAUUGAAGAGCCUCUUCGGUGCAGCGGAGUCGGUGCUCAGCAAGCGUUACCGUUGUCUUCAGAUAAGCAAGGGGCCGACAGAAGAUUACGUUUCAUACGCAUGCCGUGUAAAUAAGUGCUGUGUGGAAUUCGAGCUAGGAAAGCUGACGGAAGAAGAAUUCAAAAGCUUAGUGUUUGUGUGCGGGUUAAAAUCGGAAGCAGAUGCGGAAGUGAGAACGAGACUUCUUUCUCGGAUAGAGGAGCGCACAAAUGUAACGUUGGAGCAAUUGUCCUCCGAGUGCCAGAGAUUGCUCAACCUUCGACAUGACACGGCUAUGAUCGAAGGAAGUGGAAGUUCCGUGAAUCAGAUUAGGCGACACCAGCGGUUCCAGAAGCGUUUUAGCUCAAAGCAGGAGAGUUCUUCGAAGCCGCAGUUUACAAGCAGCACCCCGAAAAGGCCAUCGGGUCCGUGUUGGAGCUGCGGUGGCAUGCAUUAUAGCAGGGAUUGCAGUUUCAAGUCCCAUCGGUGUGCAGACUGCAGUCAGUAUGGCCACAAAGAGGGCUAUUGUGCCAGUGCGAAGAAACCUGCUCCUCGUCGUCAAUUCAAGCGGAAGUCCCAGAGCAUUACGGUGGAGACGAAGACAGUGACAGUGUCGGUCGAUAUGGUCCGCGGCCGAAGAAGAUUCGUUCCCGUAGUGCUGAACGGUGUUUUUGUGCGGUUACAGUUAGACACUGCGUCGGACAUUAGUGUGAUUUCUGUGGACACUUGGAAACGGCUAGGAAAACCUCCGUCGCGAUCGCCGUCCGUCAAAGCAAAGGCGGCGUCCGGAGACAGUUUGAAGCUAGUGUCGGAAUUCGAUUGUUCGAUUACGGUAAACGGUGUGACCCAAGUCGGUACGGUUUUUGUAGUGAAUCGCAACCUGCAUAUUUUGGGGUUGGAUUUGAUAGACGCUUUCCAGUUGGAUGCGGUACCGAUCAGUGCGUUGUGUAAUAAGGUCACGAGUUCCCCUACUAUCGUAGAACGGUUGAAGACUGAAUUCCCAGAAGUGUUCAGUACGUCGCUGGGCAAGUGCUCGAAAGUGGUUGUGAAACUAGAACUGAAGCCGAAUCAACAACCAGUGUUCCGUCCUAAACGGCCGGUAGCGUAUUCAGUGUACCAAGCAGUGGAUGAUGAGUUGGAUCGGCUCGAGCGGAUGAAGAUUAUAACGCCGGUGGACUAUUCGGAGUGGGCCGCUCCGAUUGUGGUCGUCCGGAAAGCCAACGGGAAUAUCCGGAUAUGUGGGGACUACUCCACUGGGUUAAAUGAUGCGCUGCAGCCGAACCAAUACCCCCUCCCGCUACCGCAGGACAUUUUUGUGAAGCUUGGUAACUGCAAAGUCUUUAGUAUCAUCGACAUGUCGGAAUCCUAUUUGCAGUUGGAAGUCGACGAAGCCUCUAGCAAUCUGCUGUCCAUAAAUACUCACCGGGGCAUUUACAGAGUAAAUCGUCUUGCGCCCGGAGUUAAAGCAGCACCAGGAGCGUUCCAGCAGGUGGUCGAUGCCAUGUUAGCAGGUCUUGAGCACACCUGCGGCUACCUGGACGACGUCAUCGUAGGAGGCAAGGACGAAGAAGAACAUUGGCGGAAUCUAGUGGCACUAUUUCGACGGCUUCAGGAGUUUGGGUUUACAGUGCGGCUGGAAAAGUGUUCGUUCGGUCAGGCCCAAAUCAAAUACCUGGGUCACUUAACUGAUCAGCAUGGCGUCCGGCCAGACCCGGCGAAGGUCGAAGCAAUCAGGCAAAUGCCUGCACCUGUGGAUGUGUCGGGCGUGCGCGCCUUCCUUGGCGCGGUAAAUUUCUAUGGCAAAUUUGUGCCAAACAUGCGUGCCAUCCGAUAUCCGUUGGACCAGUUGUUGAAAGCAGGAGCAAAGUUCGAGUGGACCGCCGAAUGCCAGGCUGCUUUCGACAAGUUUAAGGAGAUACUAACGUCCGACCUGCUUUUGACGCAUUAUAAUCCAGCCCUGGAGAUUAUCGUUGCAGCUGAUGCGUCGUCGAUAGGUCUGGGUGCCACGAUCAGUCAUCGUUUUCCAGACGGGUCGAUAAAAGUGGUUCAGCAUGCAUCGAGAGCGCUCACUGCUGCCGAGCGGAAUUAUAGCCAAAUCGACCGUGAAGGACUGGCUAUUAUCUUCGCAGUCACGAAAUUUCAUCGUAUGGUGUUUGGUCGUAAGUUCCGGCUACAGACGGACCAUGCACCACUGCUGCGCAUUUUCGGGGCCAAGAAAGGCAUUCCCGUUUAUACAGCCAACCGGCUGCAGCGGUGGGCACUUAUGCUGCUCAUGUAUGAUUUUACGAUCGAAUAUGUGGCUACAGAGAAGUUCGGUCAGGUGGAUGUCUUGUCGCGCCUCAUAAAUCAGCACGCUAAACCAGACGAAGACUACGUUAUAGCAGCAGUCUCGCUUGAGGAUGAUGUCAGGUCAGUAGCCUUUGACUCGUUCAACGUUCUUCCACUCAAUUUCAGCGAUGUCCAGCAAGGCACCAAAAAGGACCCGGUCCUCAGCAAAGCGCUGAAAUGCAUCCAGGAAGGUUGGCACGAAGUUCCAGUGCCUACAGCGGAUCGCGAGUUGCACAAGCUGUAUCAUCACCAAGACUCGCUGACGUCCGUCCAAGACUGCAUUAUUUUCGGGGAACGGCUCGUCAUUCCGAAGCAAUUGCGAAAACGGUGCCUGGAGCAGCUACACCAAGGACACCCUGGGAUCCAGAGGAUGAAGGCCAUAGCCCGAUCGUAUGUAUACUGGCCUUCUAUCGACAGCGAAAUUACGGAUUUUGUGAAAGCGUGCCCUCACUGCGCACUAGUUGCCAAGUCUCCAGCCCAUGCUGCGCCGGUUCCCUGGCCAAAAUCGCAACGGCCAUGGCAACGAGUGCAUGUCGAUUACGCAGGGCCUCUCGACGGUGAUUAUUUUCUUCUGGUGGUGGACUCGCACUCCAAGUGGCCGGAAAUAGUGCAAACAACCCGGAUUACGGCACCGGCAACGAUAAGGAUUCUCCGCAGUCUCUUCGCUCGGCUAGGAAUGCCGGAAACGCUCGUCUCCGAUAACGGCACUCAAUUUACGAGUGCGGAGUUUGCCGAAUUUUGCAACACCAAUGGCAUUCAACAUAUCACCACAGCACCGUUCCACCCCCAAUCCAACGGGCAGGUAGAGCGGUUUGUUGACACGUUCAAACGAGCAACGAAGAAAAUUCGCGAAGGAAAGGGGUCAAUGCAAGAAGCUUUGGACCUGUUUCUGUUGACAUACAGGAGCACGCCGAACACGUCCGCACCGAACGGGUUGUCACCAGCAGAAGCGAUGUUCGGCCGGCGAAUCCGAACAAAUUUGGAACUGUUGCGACCACCAUCCAAUCGUCAACACGAAGCAGAAGGGCAUCCGGCAAGCCGCCGGUCAUUCCAACGAAACGACCUGGUCUACGUGAAGUUAUACAACGGGAAUAAGUGGAGUUGGACACCUGGAACGGUUCUGGAGAAGAUAGGACAAGUUAUGUAUAAUGUGUGGGCAGAUAAUCGUCGUCUAGUACGCUCGCACGUGAACCAGUUAAGAACACGUUCUUCAUCGAAUUCCGGACCUGUACCAGAGCCAGCCAAGCCAAGAAAACCUUCAGCCCUACCUUUGGAUGUCCUACUGGCAGCAUGGAACUUGCAGGAACCAAACCUACCACCAACAUCUGGACAUUCAACGACGCCUACCUCGGUCGGCAAUAUGGAUGUUCCGUCGAUAUCACCUCCGUCGGAAGGUACUCCAGGCCAGGCCGUCCUUCCGAACCCCUCAACUGAAGCACCACCAACCAAGUCCUCCAACAUCGAGUCAGCAAGGUCAAGCACACCUGUAGUACAGCAGCCUCGACGUUCUUCGCGCAUUAGAAGGAUGCCUGCGCGGUUCAACCUGUACCAACAGAUUUAA